CAUGCGUCAACGGUGGCAGCAGUCUCUGGGCUGAAGAGGCUUUUGAGUUGCCGACAUCGUCAAUUCGAUAAAUAUAUCAGUGGCAAAAAGGGCUUGAUACGAAUCCCCUCUAACGUCAAGGCUUGAGCCGAAACGCUUUACCAACACUCGUCGAGCGUCCACGUCAAUGCAGUGUUGUGCUCUCGCCGAAGUAUAGGUGAUCUCGUACAAGCAUCAUCGUUCGUGUGAAGACGGCGCCGUCACUGUUCACAAGGUGUAAUGAACGAAAUGAAGGAAUGCGCGCAUAAAGAAAUACUGUUACUUGCUUUGCGACACUGAGACGACUGCCCUGUCUGAGGCGGCGACGACCUAAACGCCAAUGAAAGUUCCGGUCGUUUCUAUUAUAAAUGGCACUGCUGGGGGCGCUGGGAUUUUAGCCGCAAUAUUAGCGGCUGUCCGCAGCUCAUACUUUAAGCUUGCCGUGGGCUGCGUGGUAGUAUACGUUGCCAUGAACGUUUGCUUCGACCUCAGUGGACGCACUGGACCAGGUUUGGACACUAUGCUUCGAAGAUUUUCCAUGGCCGACGAUGUAUCCGAGGCGGCAGCAAAGCGGCAUAACGACUCCCGGACAAGUAAUAAAACACGUGGCAUUACAGGUGUUCCCGAGGACGUUGUCAGCGACAGCAAUAGAAGUAACCUGUCAGCACAGAAGCUAUGUCCCCUAAUACCUCCUAACCUGGUUGGUUACAUACCUACGAAGAUGGAUGUGCGAUCGUUAGACGAUGUGGAAGGCGAAUUUCCUGACGUAAUGCCGGGAGGUCGCUUCCGGCCCAAGGAAUGUACAUCACGGCACAGGGUGGCUAUCCUCAUACCAUACCGAAACCGGGCAGAACACCUCAAAAUAUUUAUAUACAACAUUCAUCGGGUGCUGGCGAGGCAGCAGAUUGAUUACGGCGUUUUCGUCAUCGAGCAGGGUGAUAGUAAGGAGUUUAAUCGUGCUAAGCUCCUAAACAUUGGAUUUCUGGAGUCAACUGCUCUCUACGACUACCAAUGCUUCGUGUUCCAUGACAUCGACCUAGUGCCAGUCGAUGACCGCAAUGUGUACACGUGUCCUCAAAGGCCUCGUCACAUGUCUGUGACGAUUGACUCCCAUUCGGGUGUCCCGUAUGUUUUGAUGUUCGGUGGAGUUAGCGCACUGAGCAAAGAGCUAAUGCUAAGAGUCAACGGCUACUCCAAUCUCUACUGGGGCUGGGGAGGAGAGGACGACGACAUGACAUUCAGGCUAAAACAUAUCAACCAAACCAUACUCCGACGUCCUGGCGACAUUGCGAGGUACAAGUCUUUGAAGCACACACAGAGCAAGAAAAAUCCAGCCAGGUUCGGCAUCCUCGAUAAGUGGAAAGCCCGCUACAAGUCUGAUGGCUUGAACAGCCUGAAGUACAAGGUCAUGGACAAGGCGUUCAAAAAACUUUACACAUGGAUACUGGCUGACUUAAGAUAACCAUAGGGAGCCUACUUAUAAAGUACCUACACCUAUGUUUUAAUAUUUAAAAACGUUUUUCAUCUGUUCUCCUAAUUCUACCCAUGCUGGUGAUUCACUCCAAGGUGCGCAACUUAUUUUUUAAAAAAAUAAAUGGCAUUUAGUCGUUAACGCGA